AUGGUAUCAAACCGUACUUAUUGGGGCCUAGCCCUGAUGCUGUUAACUCGCCAAUGCUACGCUUUGGUUGCUGGCGAUGCUUGCCCUUCAAGAGGAGCUUACGCUUGCAGUGGAACAGACUUUAUGAUAUGUACACUCUCUGGCUGGUUGGGCCCAUUGAGUUGCGGUCCGGGCCAAGAAUGUCUGCCCAACGGUGUAAACAGUGUCGUAUGUGCUCUAGCUGGAUCUGGAUCAUCAUCGUCACAAAAUUCUCUUAUUGCAUCGCCCGAUGCAGUCAUAAUACAGCCUUCUGCAGCCGCUGUAGUAGCUUCGCCAACGGUCGCAAACCAGGAAACAACACCUGCUGCUUCACCUUAUGGAUAUGUACACCCAUCAGCCAAUGUCAAUAACAUAGCUGUUGCUUUCUCAAAUAUUCCUCAGGCUUCACCUACCCCAGACUCGAGUAGCAGUAACAGUGGCAGUGGAACCAGCAACCCUACACUUCAUGCAGCCUGCUCUCCACAAGGCGCUUAUGCAUGCGCUAAUGACGGGUCUGGUGACUUUUAUAUUUGUGGUGCUGCCAGCUGGAUUGGUCCCAUGCCAUGUGGCAGUGGAACGGUGUGCGUUCCAACUGGACAAAACUCAAUAGUUUGUGGAUUCGCAGGAACGAAUUACGCUCAGGCUUCGCCGAAUCCAGUAGCAGCAUCACCUUAUAUUCAGGUUUCUCCAACUGCGCAAGCAUCGGUAGAUACCGUAGUAAACCCAACACAGGUUUCUGUAAGCACACCAUCACCAGUUAGUGGAUCCACCAGCAGUAGUAACACCGGUACUACUAGUGCUAGUGGAAAUGGCACAUACGGGAAGCGUGUAGUCGGAUACCUACCUAACUGGACGUACUGGCAAACUCACGUUGGCCUGACACUUCCAGCAACCUAUGGUGCUCAUAUGACGCACGUAAAUCACGCUUUUGCGUCAUUAGCGUACUCGCCAACACAUGAUGUGUGGUAUGUCAUGCCUUCAGAUCCACAAGUCGACUACUUCAUAUCUGUGGGUAAUGACAAUGCUGCAAGUGGAACGCCCACGUGUCUUGACCUGAGUAAAUACACAUGUGGAAGUCAGUACAAUCCUGGCCUAUCCUUGGUGCCAUAUAUUGGCGCUGGUGCUGGUUCAACGUGUCCAGUAACUGCAAAUGAUUGCUACAAUCCAGCUGGUACUACAACUCCACCCGGACGAGGCAUCAGUUGUUUUGCUGAUGUUGGUGCAUAUUUGAAGCAAGGGAAAUAUGCUUGUGGAUAUAUGGGCUACUAUGCUUCUCAACUGAAGAAGCAAUACCCAAAUAUUAAAGUGCUGCUGUCGUUGGGCGGCUGGUAUGAUUCCAACUCGUUCUCCUCUGCUGUCUCGCCCAAGUACAUUGACGGAACAGUGAAAUCGAUAUCGGCUUAUCUCACGGCCAUGCAAAUGGAUGGUGUUGAUAUUGAUUGGGAAUACCCUGGCUACGAACACGGCCAACAACCAAUACUCCCUGGUGCUGCAGCUGGCCCUGGAACACCAGACGAUAUCACAGAUUGUACAAAAGCUACAUGCGCAUACCCAGGCCGAACGCAAGAUGGUGUAAACUUUGUCCUCUUCCUGCAAAAACUGAAAGCAGCCAUGCCAGGCAAACUAGUCACUAUAGCUGGAGCCGCAGGCCAAGACAAGAUGGCCAAAUACGACAUGAAAGCAGUCUGCAACACAGUGGAUUUUAUCAACCUAAUGACAUACGACAUGAAUGGCGCAUGGUCGGCAUACACAAACCAUCAGGCACCACUAUUCGACAAGUCUCCAUACCAGACCACUCCGGAUUAUAGCACGGACAACUCCAUCCAGUAUUUACAGAAUGCAGGAUGUGCGAUGGAUAAGGUAGUGCUGGGUAUACCAUUCUAUGCACGAGUGUUUAAUGGGGUGACGAAAGGGUCUGGACCGCUUUCGGGGCUGUAUCAAAGUCAUAAUCAUCAAGGACUGCCGGGCAACGCGUUGCCGUCGUAUUCGACUAUAAUGUCGACUCCAGGGUGGACGCAUAUGACUGAUAGCAGUGCUGUCGGUGCGUUGUCGUGGAAUGAUGCGACAGCCCAACUGGCCUCAUAUGAUAAUCCAACGACGAUUUCUACCAAGGGCGCCUAUUUGAAGAAGAUGGGGCUGGGAGGUUUCAUGUACUGGGCUUUGGGCAUGGAUACAAGCGCUGGUGAUCUCUUUACAGCCUUGGUGAAUGGGUUGAAUUAG